GUGUGUUGAGAGAGUUUGUGACGGUGCGUUGACCAUUUAUGUAGACUGGUUCAUGACCUGUGGAAAGACCAUUACUGACAUAGCAUUACCAUAACGUGAUAUUUUCCCGAUAUACUGUAAAUGGAAUAGUGGAGUAUCGAUAAGAUGCUGAAGUACGUGCAAGUGUCGCCGUACCGGAGUUCCUCGGCCCUGGGGGGCGGGGGUGGCGGCGGGGGGGUGGCAGGCCGGCGGGUGAGCGAGGGCGCCUGCGUGGGGGGCGACGACUCCAACCUGUCGUCCCCGUCCACGCCCUCCACCCGCAUGUCCACGGCCUCAACCGCGUCCCCAACACACCACCACCUCCACCACCAUCACUCCUACACCUGCUCCUCCUCCUCCUCUUCGUCCUCUUCGUCUUCCUCGUCUUCAUCGUCGUCCUCCUCGUCGUCCUCGUCUUCUUCCACCACAGGGUCGUCCACGGCCUCGGGGGGAGGGGGAGGCGGUGUAGGAGGCGGAAGGGCAGUCGGACGAGCGGACAGCGUGAGCCUCAACUCGUCCAUGUCGUGCUCGAGUAUCAGCCAGGACCCGCUGAGUUCGCGCUCGUCGUCCUCCACGUCCCUCCACGACACUCCUAAGGUUCCUGGACUUUACGUGAGAACGGUCAAGGGCAGACUUGUCUCUUCCUCGAGCUCGUCAAGGCCGCGUCUGAGGCCCUACUCCCACGAGACGACGGUCCGCGUGUGGGUCAGGUGCCUCAUGCAAGAAAUGGAGUACAAGACAGUGUGCAUUUCCUACACCACUACGUGCAGGGACCUUGUGCAGUCCAUCCUCUCCAAAUUCAGGAUGAAACACCGAGAUCCGAAUCUCUUCUUUCUUACCAUGGAAGUCACUGUUCGGAAGACAGGAGGUGUAAUGAGGACCAGUCUGACCUUGGAGGACGACUCGAGACCGGCGGAACUCCAGUCGUGUCACCCUCGAGGCGAUUCCAAAUUUGCAUUGAAGAUGCGGCCGGGCGGACUCGUGAGGGUGUACGACGGGGCUCUCGUGACGGGGUCACAGUACAAGAGCUUGCUUGUGAGUGAAAGAACAACAUGCGAUGAAUUGAUCCGCCUCGUGCUGCUCUGCAACAACAUCAAUGACAAUGUUAACAAUUAUUCCAUAUAUGAGGUAAGGAAAACGGACGGGCGAGAACGGAAACUUCAUCAAGACGAGAGGCCUCUGCGACUCACGUCCCGCUGGGCGACGCGGGACCACGCGCGCUUGGUUGUCCGCCACUCCCCCUCCCCCGCGCCCUCGCACGCGCAUAUAACUCCCCUCGCAACGCUGAGGGCUUCACUGGGUCGUGCUUCGAUGAAGAAAAUCAAUUCUCGUAUACGAGCUGAGGGUAGCAGAUCCACCUCUCCACCCCCCUCAAAAUCCACCACACCCAGUUGCUCCUUGGAGGAUUCCACAAAUGAUGACACAAAGACCGACAACAUCACACCCUCCACUACCAUUACAAUAUCACCAAAUGGGGCUUCCACUGUUACUAUCAAUACUCCCUCUGUCAAUAAUAAUAUAAACAAUAAUAAUGUGAGCAAUACCCCAUGCAACAAUGAGACCCUUGAAGAGGAGGAGGAGUGUCCCACACCACCCCUCCGCUCAUCCCAUCCAGUCCCACCACUAAGGGGGGCAGUACGACGACAACUGCCCUGGAGCCAGAGUGUGGAGUUAGUUGAGACUCCAGUUGAUGAUGAAGAGGAAGAUGACGACAUACAUGCUCAUGCAAGAACGCGCCGAGCUCACUCUUACAAUGACUAUGAGAACUAUUUCUAUAUUUAGUCUUUUCUUAAGUCACUAUGGAAACUGAAGUUUCUUUGUUAGUCAAAAGUAGAGAAGUUACAGAAACAGCCAUAAUUUUGCUACUAUAUAUCCUUAUGGAAGCUGAUUGAAUCAAACUCAUUUGAAUUGUAAUGGAUGUGUAAUGAAAGGUCUGAGUGAUGAUUUAUUUAAUGUCUGAUAUCAAUUGCCUUGCAGUAACAAUUUUUAUUUCUACUUGUCAGUUAGGAUAAACAGAUAUGAAAUUGUUUGUAUUUUAUUUUGCUGUUAGCUUUAUUGUAUAUAUUGUCAGGUACAUUUUGAAAUGUUUAGAUUUGUAAAUAAGUUUUCUUUUUGUUCUCCAAAAGAUAUCCAUCAUGGAUUAUGACAAUGUGAAAAAAUAGUAUUUGUGCAAGGGAUCUAGCAACCUUACAUUUUUUGUGGCUAACAUUAAAUUGAAUUGUCUAUUAUGGUAUUGGUUUGUAGACUGCAUUAUGCAUCAGGUCCAAUGCUGAGGAGUCUGUUUUGAUUAUUAUAUUCCCUUAACAGAUAAGACAAAUACUUGCACAUCAGAAGUGCAAUAUGGCUGCUCUGAACUGAACUGCUAAACAUCUCAUUAUAGUCCUAAAUAUGCUUUCUGAGUCAAGUUAAUGGCAUGAUUGCCCAGUGACUGUAAAGGGUUUUUCUUCCCAAUACAAGUAUUAAAAAAAAUCUGGAAGUACCCUAUAAAACCUAUAUUAUUUCUGAAUUAUUACUUUCAGGGGCAGAUGUUUGUCUCAUGUAUUCAGUAGAGCUUUAAGUUGUAUAUAACUGUAUAUGUGUACCUAUUGUAAAAUAUGUAUUGCCAAAGAUUGUUAAGUUUAAUUUGAAAUAUAUUUCAUCUCAAAAA